AUGCUGUCCCUGCCGAGCCGGACUAGCCAAGGGGCUCUCGAAGGCAUUUACACCUGGUGCCAGAAAUGUGGUGCUGGUUGCAUCGCCCCAGUCGGAGAGAAGUUUAGAGACCAUCUCGGCGAGCGCAGUAUCUACUGUACCAAAGAGUGCUGGUGGAAGCACGGUCAAGAGCGAGGGUUCACGCCUUACGGUGGCUAUUCGAAUCCUAUCAUCUGCGAACCACCUCCCGAUCCUAACACUAUUAUGCCCAUCUUCACUCCGAGACUUCGACCUGCCAUGUACAGACCUCCCACUACCACGUCGUGUCGCGCCCCUGUCUUGUUGCGCAAGCUUCCUGUCCAACCCCCUCAAGACGCAGUCUCAACACCUCGCUACAGGAACUUAAGCCGUCCUCAUCCAAAAGACAUCCCGUGGCCAGCACCUGAGAUCCCAUCGGGAGGCUCUGGGUACGGCUAUCCAAACGUCAACUGGCUUCACUACAUGCCCGACACAGAGGUCUUCGGCUACCUGAUCGACUCGUUCCGCCUUCGCAUGCAGGAUAUCAAGAGUCGACCAACAACUCGCCUCGACGUUUUUUACCGGGAUUGGAAUAAGGAUAUGGCCGGCUUCAAGCACUAUCUCGACUUGGCUGAAGAGACUCCGGGCCUUUUACCCAUCGAGUGGAAGUCCAAGAGGGCGGCGUGCGAGAAUCUCUGCAAGCUUGAGCCAUACUAUGACCUAGCGAGUUUAGACGCUCUGGACAAGCCAUCCAUCAUCCAUCAUCACGACGGCGACCGGAAGUGCAUUCAUAGGCUUCGAGAGCUGGCGCAGGCCGUGUUUGGGUACGCGCCUGGCAACCUAAAUCUGAGCAAGUUGUGA